AUGACUCUUCGAACGCGUUGGCCGAUCGACAACAACCCACACUCAGGCUGCUUCCCCUCGAAAUGCCCAGGAUACACCAAGAGCCUACAAUCCCUAGGAUCCGUUCGGACAAAACACCAUUCCACAGGAAAUGACUGGAAGGCAGAUGAUUGUGGAGGGUCUCUAGAAGAGCUUCUCAUCUAUGGACUCCCAUUCUUCCUCUUGAGAAACAACAUGAUUCGAUCGAUUUGGUGGUGGACGUUUGGAAGAGGG